AUGCCUCGACGCCGCAAGGAACCCCCCCCGCUCGCACCGCAACCACAACAGUUGCAACCGCGACAAUCACCACAGUAUUGCAUCCCGGUUCACCGUUCUCCUCCACCCCUUCCUCCAUCCACUCUUCACGUCUUCACCUCCGGCCCAAUUCCACUCACCCCCCAACAGCAGCAACCGCAUCAACAGCAUCAGCCGCAGCAGCCCUAUCGUAAUCACCCUCAACAACAGGGUGCUCCCCUCCCACCCUAUAGCCCUGGAUCGCUGGGUGCCCAAUCCCCUGAACCACUUAGACUCUUGGCCGUCUUGGAUUCAUUAAAAUCGCUAGGAUUCGCUUCCAUUUCCGAUUUCCUUGUUCGCUUAUUCAGUAGUGAUGACUCGGCUGUCCGACGUCGGGUGGGCUUGUUUUACACACAUGGCGGUAUCAGAUCUGUUCUCGAGAUUUUUAUGAAUUCGAAGCAUGCUAGGGAGAGCGGAGGUGACGAGCUUUCUGCGUCAUGGGCCGGUCGAGUGUUUAAGGAUGAGUUUGAUGCUGGCCUCGUCAAGUGUGGUGUUCGUAUCAUAUCUCCCCCCAACCUUGCGAAAUUAUUACUCUCAUAAUUAAGAAAAGAAAGAAUGAGAAAGAAGAAAAGAAAAUUUCUCGGAAUUUCCCCUAACACGGUAGUCGGUAAAUUAUAUAGAUUAAUGUCGACGUACGAGCUAAUUCCACCGAGUCUCGUGGCCGGACCACUGGGGAGAUUUUGAGGGAAGGCCUUGAGAACUUCGACCUCGCCAAGGUCCAACGGCAGUGCGAGCGUAAGGCCCCACUUCUCUGGCGUCUAUUGGAAACUCUCUCGUCUUCAGACCGUGAGCGGGUGGAGGCGGGAGCAUUGGCAGCUUCCGCAGGGGACGAAACGGCAAAGCAACCGCUGUCGAAACGGCGAAAGACGGAUAUGAACCCCACUAUAGCCUCGUGGUCGGUGAUGGGGGCGCCCUCGAACCCCCCACUUACGGUCACUUUCAUGCUGUUGCUUCUUGCGAGCUCCCAAGUGAGAAAUAAAUUCCAGAAAUGGCUUGGACUGUAUCUUUACGCCCAGGGUGUUCGUAAAGGACCCUUGAAUUCGCUCCGCGCUUUGGGCGUUGGGAGCGAAGGCAAGGUUAUUGGUGAUAACGGUUCGACACGGUCUUUGCCGUCAGCCUCUGUGCUUCUUGGGCUGAUUUUCCCCAGUUCUCCGGGUGAUAGGUGACGACAUCAAGAAGAAGUUACGUACAGAGAUGGGUGGAUCGGACCUGCAGGUCAGAGGCCCUGGUGCUCCGCGAAUCAACUCGCGAGCGGCAAAGCGGAAAUCUAUUCUGAUAGAGUCACGGCCAGUAGAUAUUGAGCGUCCCAACCUGCUUGAGGGAAAACGCCCAUUUGUUAUAUCUCAAAUUACCUACCACCCUACGCCGAAGGACCAUCUGAGGGCUGACAACUUUGCACCCUGUGCCACAAUCCCUUUUAUCAUUAGACUACCUCUGUCAACACCACUAUUGACUAGGGCCAUGGUGAAAACCUCAUGUACUUUUCGCCGUGAGAAGUACCUUCACAAUGUCUCUGUUACCCCGGCUUCCCCCGUGCCUCCUAUCCCAACCCUAGUCAGUGUAAGGCCAGCUCCUGGUCCAACUUAUCCUCCCGCGAGCUAUUCUCCCUACGGGGUUUCCCAAUCUGCCGCAUUCAACACCACCCCCCUUGUUACGGCGCCCCCACACCUGCACCAUACGGCGAUUAUAAUUUUGCGCAGCUCAACACUCUCAACACUCCCACCACUUCAGGGCCAACUUGGCCCGGCUGCUCAGCGACUACCCAGGGAACAGAGUACGGCUCUAGGCUCUUAUUGACCGGCCAGGAUGGAGAAAUACAUCAAGGCUUGCCGUUUGGCGGGCCAUGGGAAGGCUCUGGCCCAAAAUUGGAGAAAUCCUCGACGAAAGUGAGGUGAACACCGAGCAGCCUUGCCUCGCCGCGUUUCCGAGGGUACCAAGGGUACCAAGGGAACAUGAAAGUGAAAUUGCCCGGGGAGGGCAGCGCGCUUCACGGAUAUGCGAGGAUGAUCUUUUUCCCAUGCCGGGCAUGAAACGUGUGAGCAUUAAGAAACUCGGGGAGCAAAUGUCGAUACUUGAACUGAUAACCGAGUACCUUGGGAUUAAGCCUGAGCACAUGAAGGGCUCUGGUUCUGUUGAUAGGCUGUGGCUGUGGGCUGGAAAUCUUGAGUUUGUCUUGGCAUUGAGGAUGGCCAAAUCGGUAGCCCUGCCAGAUUCCAUCCUUCACAACAUCCACCCAGUGCUCCAAUUAUUUGAUAUCCGCCAACACUUUCUAUUCGAGUUGCUGAAGCAGCAUUACGGUAGGCCAAACGAUAAAGAUCCGACAAGCUUGUGUCACCACAUGCAAAUCAUGAAUCGGAGGUUUCUUAUCUUCGGUUUCUCAGUGACUGGCCAAUACGCUGAGGGUCUCUUGCUCCAUUCGCUUGAAUCUCACCUUAUCCAUUCGAUUCUGACCGUCACCCAGGUUCGGGAAUCGGGUCCUAAGACCAAGAAAGAGGCUUUGGAUAUUAUCACUAGAGUUUACGAUACGUAUCUGGAGCCGGAGGCAGUAAAGAAUUAUCAAUCGGUUUCAGACCCUCGCACGCGGGACGAGGUUUUUGAGAAUCAUAUGCUUUUGAUGCAACACUCACUAGUAUACCUGGCAUUCCUAGAGGCAAUUUCUACCGCUUCCACAACCUCCCUCCUCCACGUCCUCUCCUGGCUCUCAACAGCUUUCCAAUCGCCGAGUUUCUCCAUAUCAUCAAGCCUCGGCCAUGAACUUCUCGACCUCGUGGCGGGCCUCACCGACGAAUGGGAGCCGCCUCUCCGCCGGGCAGUCCUUGACUCAAUGCUAAUUCCCAAGACCCCCGGCGCACCUUUCCCGGCUCUAGCGUCCCACCCUGCAUCCCCGAAAAUCUCCGGUGGCUACCAAGAGGUAGACUUCGCCAUGAAGCAACUCCUCCGACAAACAAAAACCGUCUUCGACCUCCGGGAUAACCCCAAACUCGACUUUUUCCGUGAGGUAGCUACGCCGAACAUAAGGACUAUUUCCAAAGUUGUCAGAAACGCCGAGGAAUCCCUGGGCACAGCGCCCCGAACAGCGAAUCAAUGGAAGAGCCCGGCAGAGAACGUGGACCCGGAUAGGGAGAUUCCGAAGCUGGUUAAGGAGCUGAGAGAAGCGAGGGUGGGGGAAUGGGUACCUGGUCGGAAAGCCGGGUUCAAGAUCUCGCACUUGUUUUGCGAUGGCGAGGAGCGAGUCCGGAGUCCUGGGUUUUUGGAAGAGUUUGUUAAGCGUGGGGAUGGAGGGACGAUUUGUGGCGGGAGCUCUGGGGAGACGGAUGGGGAUAAGGAGUGCAGGAGGAGGAAUUUGUUUUCCGCCCAGGAUUUUGAGUUUGAUUGGGGGCUGUGA